UUUCCUUUCCUUUCCUUGCACACAACACAACAUAUACUUCCUUCUUUACCAAAAAAAAAUAAAAACCAAAACAAAAAAAAAUUCCAAGAAGCAACACCAUUUUCGAUUCCAUUGUUCCAAACCCUUCUCUCUCUCUCUUGCUCGUGUUCGCUUUCUCUCUCUAGGGCACACCUUCAUCGCCGACGCAACCAUGAACAUCUUCAGACUCGCCGGUGACAUGACCCAUCUUCUCAGCAUUCUCGUCCUCCUCCUCAAAAUCUACGCCACCAAAUCAUGCUCAGGGGUUUCACGCAAGACGCAAGAGCUCUAUGCAGUGGUGUUUCUGGCACGUUACUUGGAUCUGUUCACGGAUUUCAUCUCCAUUUACAACACCAUCAUGAAGCUUGUCUUCAUUGCCAGUUCGUUGGCCAUUGUCUGGUGCAUGCGGUAUCAUCCCAUGGUUAGGAGGAGUUAUGACAAGGAACUCGAUACUUUUCGCCAUUAUUUCCUCGUUGCGGCUUGCUUUGCUUUGGCGAUUAUAUUGAAUGAGAAGUUCACCUUUCAAGAGGUCUUCUGGGCAUUUUCAAUUUACUUGGAGGCAGUUGCUAUACUGCCCCAGUUGGUUUUGUUGCAACGUAGUGGAAAUGUGGACAAUUUGACUGGGCAAUAUGUAUUCUUUCUUGGUGCAUAUCGUGCAUUUUACAUUCUGAACUGGAUAUACCGCUAUCUGACUGAGCCACGUUUUACUCGAUGGAUAGCCUGCGUCUCAGGUGUUGGUCAGACGGCCUUGUAUGCAGAUUUCUUCUACUAUUAUUUCAUCAGCUGGAAGAACAAUUCAAAACUAAAGUUACCUGCUUGAAAUUUCUCAACAUUGUUUUGGUAUUCGGAGCUUUGUCAGACGAGUCUCGGCUGGAUUUUACAGAGCAUGGUUGGGAUGAAGUUAGUUUAGAGGAAGACAAGGCCAACUCCACCCCUAUUGAUGAAUGGGGUAGAUGUGGGUUUUUUUGUUUGGCACAAGGGUAAAUGGUUUUGAACUUCUGAUGAACAUAACUGUCUGGUAGCAAUUCAAUAUUAGGUUAAACCGAAAUGUUGAUGUGAUUUGUUUUAGCAGAUUCAUGUCUCCAGUGCAAAGUGAUGUAUAGUUUGUAAUGUAAGGUAGCUGCUGAUUUUGGUCAUUAUGAGAAUGAUUCCUGGCUUAGAUAUUAAUACAGUGUAAAAAUUAUACAA